AUGUGCCAAUACUACGCCCAUGCCUUCACCUGCAAGCACCUCUCUUUCACCUUUGCUCGCUUCUGCCAGCCCGCAAGCCUCAUCCAGAAGCCCUGCACCAAACGCCAAGUCUGGCAGACUAUCCGCCUCGACGAUGCCUGUGAGGAGUGUCUGACCUGGUUUCCGGACCGUUUCCCUCGUCGUCGACCGCGAUAUCAGUGA